AAAGUGCUGAUCGAAAAAAUUAAUCAAACGUUUGCUUGCUUUGGUUGUGCUGUGCGGUCAUCCAACACAACGCGAAAAGUAGUGAAAAAGAGUGCUCAUCGAGUGGAGUUGCAAGCCAGUACGAAAAAGGGAAUUAAUAUUAGAGGUAGGCGGAAUUUAACUGAACAGGCGAAGUGUCCCGAAGGAGAACAAAAGGAUUGAUCCGAUAUUCCUGCGGUUUCCGCCCGGAAAGAGUCAGUGUGCGCCUGUUGAUUUUUUUUUCAACCCCCAUUCCGGAACUGAGUGCAAUUAGUUUCUGCGACUGCUGUUAAGAAAAAAAUUUGGAAGGAAACCGCUACACAAAACAAUGGAGAAAAGAAUAGCGCUAGAAAAACGCGGACGCCCCGAUGAACAGAUCACCGAACUCAUCCUGGACAACUGCCGCAGUACCAAUAUCGAAGGCCUUACCGACAGUUUCAAAGCACUGGAAGUUCUCAGUCUCAUUAACGUUGGUUUGGUUUCACUGAAAAGUUUCCCGAAGUUGCCGAACCUGCGCAAGCUGGAAUUGUCCGAUAACCGAAUUUCGAAUGGGCUGAGUAAUCUUACCGGAAGUCCCAAACUUACACAUUUAAAUCUGUCCGGCAACCGGAUUAAGGACUUCGAUGAAUUGAAACCGCUGAAGGAACUCGAGAACCUAGAGGUGUUGGAUCUAUUUAACAAUGAAGUCACCACAACCGACGAUUAUCGGGAUAAGAUCUUCGAGCUGAUUCCAUCGCUGAAGUACUUGGAUGGAUUCGACAAAGAAGACACCGAAGCACCAUCAGAUGAGGAAGACGAAGUCAACGGUGGCCUUGAGGAGGAAGAAGACGAAGAAGACAACGCAUGUUUCUCGAUCAACGGAAUCGAAUUCGACCUGGACGAGCUGGAACGGUUCGAAAGUCGACUGAGAGAGAAAAGAUCCAAGGACCAAACAACCGCUAAUCGGCAAGUCGUUAAUGGCUUGGAAUGCCAAUUCGAUCGAAUGGAACUCAAUCCGAGUGACGGUGAAAAUGUCACUGUUCCCAAAUCGGAGAUCAAAGAUGACAUCGAUCUUUUGUAUGAAGAAAUUCAGCAGAAAAACGAUCAGCAACAUGUGGAACGAUCCGUUGACCGAUCAUCACUGGGAUCACUUCUGUUGGCUUUUCUUUCGUUGCUAGCCUUUAUCAAUCAGAUCUGCUAUGCCCUGCGUAGCCAGCAACCGAUUGAGCAAGAUCUGGAUUCUUCCGAUUAUGAUGAGGACGAAGAGAAUGACAUUUCGUUGGCUGAGGUGUACAAUGAAAACCUCGAGGAGGAUGGUUCCGAUUGGAACGAGGAAGACGGUGAGGUCGACGAUGAUAUCGAUGAGCCCACUGAUGAAGACGAGGAUGACGGUGAGGGUGAAGACGAAACCGAAGGUCAAGCAACCGGUGGGAAAGUCGUUUCCGAUGCCGAAGCCGACGACUCGGCAGAGGCAAGGGGAAAGAAGCGAAAACAUGAUGGCAACGAUGGUUAGGCGCGCGCGCUCUUCUUUUGGAAACCCACUUUACUUUAAUUAUGGAUAAACUGUAUUGAUAAGUUACGAUUGUAAGAAUACAAAAUAACAAAAAAAUGCAAAAGAUGAAACAAACCCAGAUAAAAACCGUAUGAAAGAAUUCAAUACAAAUUUACAAUAAAUCAAGCGCAGCGUACAUCCAACAAAGACAGGAGAAAAACACAGUUGAUCUACGCACUCACCCAGAAUAAAACAAGCAAAAAUUCUUGUAAGGAAAGAACACGACAAGAUUAUACAGGAAGUCUGUUUCGAUUGCGAUUUUUACGCAGUUGGCCAGAUGUAGUAUGAAGACAGCUGAGAUUUUUUUUUUGUUUCGAAUGGAACCCCAAUCCAUCACGACUAGAGAGAGAGAGACACAGCUGAUACAUAGUCAGACUUUAUUUUCACUGAAAUUAACUUUCUGCUGAGUUGUCUUUGCAUUUUAACACAGCAGAACAGUAUCUAUAACAUAAAUCAAAGAAAAAAAAACAAUUAUCCAAAUGAUGGUAGGACAUUGUGUUGCGCCUUUGAACAAAUCAUUUCUCCUAAUAAUAUAAAAAAAUGACCUUUGAAUAAACAAAAUGAUAUGAAUACAAGCAAAACAAAGAAAAGAAAAAAUAGAAACGGAAUCAUCGUUUGUUAGAUGUUAACUUAUAAAGUGAUUGAGUCUCUUUUGUAAGGAGAUUGUUUUAUUAGACAUGUAACAUACCAUUCUUUUGUUUCAAUCCAUACAUUUGACCUUGUACCCUUGCUCCCUCGCGGGAUCAAAACAGUCAAUCAACUAGUUUUCUCCACACACACACCUACUGUACAUUGUUUCUCGUUCAAAGAAAUGUACCUAAGUUAUAUAAAAAGUCAAUCUGUACAAUUUGGCUAUAAAGAGCGAUGUUUUAUUUUAAAGAUUUUGCAUUAAAUUUCUUAUGCGUAUUUUUUUCCAAAUCGGUAAACCCAAAAAGAAAACAUUGAAAGUAGAUAUAUACAGAAUAGAAGUCAGUGCUAUAUGUAAUGGGGAAGGUUUACACGGCAACAACAAAAAAAACAGUAAAAUGGAAAAAAAUGAGUAAAAAAUCAACAAUCUGCCGAGUCAGAAGUCGAUAAUGAUGACAUAAAAACAAGCAAAAUUUAUAAAAUUAACUGAAAGUAUUUGUUUAAAUAAAAAAUAAUUAAAAAUGA